AACAAACUCUUUCCCACUGUGCAUUUGUACUGGAAGAAAUACCAAGAGAAAAUGAUGGCCAAGCUGAAAGCAACAGAACAGUCUCUAGUCAUUGCUGGUGAUGGCAGGCAUGAUAGCAUGGGUCACAGUGCCAAAUACUGUGCCUACACUUUGUUCUAUUGCACAGUUCCCCUCAUCAUUGAUUUUUCCUUGGUUCAGGUAGGCAUAGACACCCACAUUUUAAGUACUUACUGUAGCUUUUCCAAGUGGAAAAUAAGUCAUUUUAUCAUUAUAUUAGUUACAGAAACACUUAGGUAACUGUAAAGUAAAUGGCAAAAGUGAAUGUUGCAGAGAUAAAAACAUGGCUGACUCUUUUAUUGACAAAUGUGAAACCUAAUACCCAAAUGAAGGAAAAAACCUCACAACACUGCCAGUAUCUGCCAAUGGCACAAUGUACCCUGGCCACUUUAUUCUUUUACUGCCAAUGAUUUUUCUUGACAUGGGGUCAGAGCCUUACUAAUUUACAAGUUAAAAAGCAUAUUAUCCUCCUUACUAAUCUAUAUCCUCAUUUAUUUUAUAUAAAAGAGAAAUAUAGCAGGUAACAGUCCGGCAAUGGAGCUGCUGGGGUUCAAAAACUGCAUGGACAGCCUUCUGGUUUGGGGAAUUCUUUUUGAGACAUUCAUCACUGAUCGUCACACUGGUAUUGCCAAACAUAUGCGGGAAAAUCUUGCCCAUAUAAAGCACUAUUUUGACCUGUGGCAUCUCAAGAAGAGCAAGUGUUUGUAAUGCCAUUGUCAUUCUGACUCCUUCAAGAAGCCUGACAGUUGAAUACCCCACCCUCUAGUAAACUAGUUGGAAGGAAAAUAGGAUUUGGGGAAACUGUGUUUAAAAUUAAUUUCAAGUUACACAAUGUUUUGUUUAGAAAUACACAAAGUUCUUACCAAAAUUAGUAAAGAAAAAGACUGUGAAGACCUAACAAUAUGGAUAAAGCCAUGUGAAAACCAUCUGAUGUGGAGUGCAACAUCUACCCCAUCUGGUGAUGGUGAAUUGAUUUGGGCUAAGUUUGAAUCUUUCUUGCCCCAUCUUGUCAACAAGCACUCAUAUCUUCCAAAUGGCAUCUUUAACAAGUGUGCUCAUGGAGAGGAAAUAUCAGACAGGAAAUGGCUUGAAGAAGGUAUGCAUUUAGUGUAAUCCAAUCCAAUGUACCUUGGCCUAACUUGUUUUACUCUGUCUAAUACCAUGCUGUUUUGAUGCUAACUUAGUAUUUUGGAAUUAGAAAAUAUUCAGUGAGUUACAUCAUACUUGUACUAAAUUUUGCAGAAACUACAGUUUAUGAGAAAGUAUGCAAAGUACUGAAGAAGACAUCAUUGGUCAAGGGCAUCAAAAAGGCAUCACCAGUUUCCCAAACAAGUUGUCUGGAGGGUUUUCAUUCUGUGGUUAACCAGUUUGCCCCCAAAAUGAUAGCCUACUCAUAUCAAGGACUGUACUGCAGGUAAAUGACCGUAAUUAUAACUGUUACAAUUUACCAAACAUUCCACUUCACUAAUACCAUUUGAAAGUGUAGCCUAGCCUACAAUGCUGACAAUUUUGAGAGCACAAGUGAUAUGUAGCACAGGACAAAACCAUACCCCCUGACCCCUCCUACUUAUAUUUCUGAGUCUCAACAGUUAAAAUUAUAGCAUUAUCUUAUUUUCCAGGCAUAUCAUCGCAGCUGUACAUUUUAACCACAACCUCCACCGCAAAAACCAAGAAAACAAAGAUGGCAGUGAGCAGGUUAAAGUGGUCUACCCAAAGUUCAAAAAUGGGGAAGCUACAGUGCGCAACGUUAAAGUGAAACCAAAUUAUGGUAUGCAAACAAUCCAAUUUAGAAACCACCAAGUGGCUCCUAAAUUUUAAAGUUUUUUUUCCCUAGACUAUAUUGAGGAAAUUUUCAACAUGUUUAUUGAUGCCAAACAAAACAAGAAGCUAGAAGCAGCAAGAUUGGAACUGCAGGCAAUGACACCAGCCCCAAUGAACACGAUGUUGGAAAAACAGCCAAGGGACAAGGCAACAGAAUUGUGGAAAAAGAGGAAAUCCAUGGUUGUACAAGAAGUGCCUAGGACUGUGCAAG